UCCGAUUAGCCCUGACUCGGUCUCGCGGGGUGUGUAGAUCAAGAAGCCAUAGGAGAGAACUCUGUGGUUUUUCAUUGACGUUGCACGAGCAUUCUCGUGCAGUUCUCCACCGACGUUGAACGCCAACGGUUCGUCUCGUCCUCCGGCUAAAAAAUUUUCCUUUGGUUCGCUUGUCACCGAAAUUCAUGAGCUUGUGAGACUCGAGAUCGUUUUUUUUUUUUUCUUCCUCACCAUCAAUUAUUCAAUAGUUCGAUCGUUCGAUUCGUCGUCGCGCUACGUCGCGACGAAUUAGCUAUUAUUUUUGGGGGAUUUUCGUCUACUAUUCCGAAGGUGAAUUUGUGCACGCGGACUUUUUGUGUAUUCCUUGGUAGAGGGCAGAGUUCCAGACACGAGUCGGGAGAAAAUCUUGACCGGCGCGUUGGAGCACUGACCGGAAGCCGCUUCCUCGGAGCUUUCGCGACAUCCGAACACACGAGCUUUUGGCCAGUCGAUCCGCCGCGUCUCGGUCCCGACGAGAGACGCUGGAAGUUCGCGGCUACCGGUGAACCAGCGGGGAGUACAAGAUCACCGGAAGUCGUAAUUAUCACGUUCGUGUGCGCGUAGACAGGCCGCGAAGAAAAAAUCGCUGUAUAUAGUGGAAGUUGAGGGAAGACGUAAAGUUAAGAGGAGCAGAAGCGAGUAGGAAAAAAUGGCGAGGCAACAGACAACGGAUCGCAAUAUACCUCAUUUGAGAGACAUCUUUGGUUUCGGUAACAAAUGGGAGAACGGUAGAUCCCAUCAGUCCGAAGAGAAAGCUCCGGGUCACGACAGCGCGAUAUCCGUCGGCUCGACUUCCGGCGAGGAAGAGAGCCCGAAGAACAGCAAGAAGAAGAAGUCCCGUCGCCGCGACAACAGCAAAACUCUCACGGAGAGUGACGUCAAACAUCUCGAGCGUCAUUUGUCGAUGAAAAAAACGAUCAGAAAAAAAAUCAUGCGGGAUUUGCAGCAGGCAUUCGUUGAAGAUCCAAAUGAAUUUAGAGUCGACGAUAUUCCACAUGAACAACUCAAAGCUGAAAUCAACAUACAGAGCCUUAGCUUCGGUACACCCUCGCAAAAGCAGGGACGCACGCGUGGCAAUGCCGAGAGCACGUUCCUCGAUAUGCUACGUGCCGGUGGUGGUUUCGAGAAGGGAGCAGCAACUGAUGGUGAUCGAGAUUCUGGACACGGUGGUUCGCCGACGAGAGAAGUUCCCAGUGCACAGGAUACCGACGACGAAUCCAGUUAUCCCUACGACAGUCACACGGCGACACCGUCGAAGAAAGGCAGUAAUUUCUGGAGGCGUUUUACAAUGAAGAACCGCAAUAAGCGGUAAACCGCGGGGGCGAGACACACCUUUCCCAACCUUUUUCUCUCUUGCUCCCUCCCCUCGCCGUUCCGUACAUGUACUCGCGAGAAUUAACCGAGGCACCGAAUACUUAAUUAAACAAAUGUUCUCUCUUCCCUGGCCCUUAUCCCAUGACUCUACCAACGUAGUUCUGGAGCAGAGCUCACGACUGUGAUAUACGUAAAAAAAGAAAGAAAAACAUCUUCCCAUCCUCGAUUGUUAGACGCACAAUUGAUUUCUUAUUUUUUUCUCUUAUUUCCAAUGCUCGACGUUUCGCUGCAUCUCGUUAUUUGUAAUACGGCCCCAUCAAUUUCCUUGCAACAAUCUAACCAACGAAUACGAUUUCAUUAUCAAUUUCUACAUCGGACCAAAUUGUGACAGGUACAACAUUUUUGUAUCUCAAAUGAUUUUAUACUCGCAUAUCCAUUCUGUUGAUCAACAGAAUUAUCGAAUAAUCAUUAAACGAAUGUGUCAACUUUUUUGGACUUCGUAUUUAUCAAGCGUUUUGGACAUGAGAUUUUUCUAAUCAAAUACUUCGUUCAUUACACUCAAACGUUCGUCUCUUGGCAGUGGCUCUAAAGACGUUUUUGACAUGAGCAUCCUUUUUUUGUGGGGAAAAAAAUGUAUCAAAAAUCUACAAGAGUCAAAUCACGUGGUCAAAGUUCGUAUGACGAUGAAUGAAUCAAUGUUCUGUUCUCAAAAAUCGUUUGUACAUUCAUUCACCAUGUUGUCAAAUCGUUGCAAUAUUGAAUUUUUCACUUCAACUGAAAAAUACUAUAGAAUUUUGGACUUGUCAUUCCUGGCGUAAUUUGCCAAUCCUCUAUGUCCAAACUAUUUGAACUUUGGAGACCACCUUGGCAAAAAAAGAGUGAUGAACAAUUAUCUGGACCAAUACUUUCAUAAGAUAUUUAAUGGAAAAUUACAAAAUGGGCGAAAGAGACUGGAAAACUUUCAAGAAUGAACCAUUCCGAUCAUUACUUCGUGGACAGACAAUUAAGUCCGUUAUAAUUGAUGUGUUUUUCCAACAUCAUUGAAAAAUGUAUGCAAAUAUGUCUACACGAAAAUUUGAUUUGUUCAUUACAUAGAUAUCGUAAUGAAAAUAUAUUCAUUCUUUAUGAUUUUCGUAAAUCCAGCAAUCUACCAAACUCUAUCAUUUCUUACGUGCAAUUCGACGAACAAAAGAAAAGGACUCAUCACAACUAAGAGUGAAACGUUAAAAAUUAAAUAUGCGCGAUCGUUAUCUGCUUUGGUUAUAUAUUUGUUUUGUCGUAACAUACUUAAUUAGCAUUAGCUAGUCAACUUUCAAGUGAUGUGUGACACGCUGAUAGAAUUAUCCAUGAAGCGAUUAUUAUAUAUGCAUACAUAGGUAUGUGUAUGUGUGCGCAUCGAAUUACGUCGAAAGAUUACUUGCAUCGAUCACCAUGUGAAGUUUGCGAAGAGGAAAAAGCUACAACUAUCAAUUUUUAAAGUGUUCUCAAGAACACUUUGAUCAAUGCAAUGUGACUGUACGAUUUUCGCUGAAGCAUAUAUCGUUCCUACUUUCGAAAUACUGCAAAAGGAGAACAAAAAAGAAACAAACGCACGAUCUACACCGGCACGUACAAUGUUCGAGUGUUCGAAAGUCCAAUUUUUUGGAUUCUUAUUUUAUUUCCUUUUCAAUUGCCCCAUAACAUUAAGAUACCUGUUUUAAGUUGUAAAUUAGUUUUUAAACGAUGUGUAAUAUUAAUAAGUGUAUUAUAUACGACAAUCUUCACUGUAUGUAGGCAAUAUACAUUGGAAUAAAUCAUUCUUCCAGAUA